CAACAAUGCAGCAAUGCUGCUGACAGUGACAAAGUCAGCAAGCCCGCCUUGAAGUUGAAGUUGAGGACAUUGCAAACCUCUGAAGAAACCUGCAGAAGUAUUUUAUAUUCGAGGUUUACCACCUUAGCCGCUGGCGGGUUGGGCCUGGGUUGGGCUCUGCUUAUACCAGCUUUAAGCUGCAUUUGCAAUUUUCGUUUUGAAGUCAUUUGUAUGGAACAAACGCGUACACUAAUCGUCUCAGAAAAGAUCAAAGCUCUGCAAUCAUUUACAGCGCCCUCCAGGGCAAUUUCCCACUUGCGAGUUUCUCCAAGCGUAAUCUUGUUUUGGAGGAGUCCCUGAGUUGCUGGAGCGCCCCAGAGCAUUUUGGCAUGACACCACCUCGGGAGACAUGGUUUCGGGUGGUGUGGUUUUUGCUGAUGCUAGGGGCAGGCGGCAACGUAGUAAAAGUGGUCGCGCAAGGGGGGACUGCGUGCUUUGGAGACGCAGCCGCUCUACAAGGAGCGCUGCGGACAGCUCGAAGGGGGGAUCUCAUCACCUUAUGCGGGCGAUGCAACCAGAGGACUUUCUUGAGAGGGCGCUCCCCUGCUGGCGAUGAAGCAACUGAGGUCAUUGUGAACAGUACCCUGAGCAUCACCUUGCCCGUCACGUUGCAAGGUGCAUCGGCAGAUAGCCCGGCCAAGGUCACCGGCAGUCUGACCCUCUUAAAUGGGCUCUCUCCGCUCUUCUUCGUUGCCGAUGGGGUGGGCCCGGUUACUUUCCGGGACCUUGAACUCCAAAACUCAAACCCUGGAGCCUCCAACUACGGAGGCGCCGUCCAAGUCGGCGUAAAUGCGGGCGUCGACUUCACACGUGUCGUCUUCAGAAACAACGUUGCUGAGUAUGGAGGAGCGGUCUACACCCGAGGCCACGUGAAUUUCACGAGCUGCGCCUUCGUCAAUAACACCGCUUAUGGCAGCGGGGGGGCUAUUUACACUGACAAGGCCGGCGGCAACGUGACGCUGUCUGUCCUUUCGAGUUCGUUCCUCGCUUCCGCAGCAGGCGGAUCAGGGGGCGCCAUUUUCUUCGAUGAUACCAGGGGAAUCUUAUUGAUUUCCGACAGCACGUUCGUCGGGAGCGCUGCAAAUAGUGAAGGAGGCGCUCUGUUCCUAGCAGGGAACGCCAGUGGUGUCAUCACCGGCAACAGCUUCCUCAACGGGAGUGCCGCAUCCGGCGGCGGCGCAAUUUUUAUCCAGGGAAGCGCUCUUCUCGCCGGGAACCGGUUUACUGGCAACUCCGCCCCAAUUGGAGGAGCGGUUUUCACGUACGGCGCAGCGAACACGGCGUUCUGUGGCGGCGACCAGUUCCAGUCAAAUGCAGCCCAAAGCAAGGGUUACGGCAACGCAGUGUUUGUGGGGCUAACCGGAGAAGGGGACGGCACCGCCUUCUGUCCGUCAGUUCCGUUGGAGGUCGACGUCGCGGGCGAUCCGGUAGCAGGCGUCGCAAUCGGAAGCUGCCUAAAUUGCGAUCCGACGUUGCUGUGUUCCCGAGAUGCGACCGGGGAUCUCCUUCCGGCCCUCCAACCGGUCGGCGUUUCCUGCACCUGUAACCCCGGGUUUUACGGUACCGGGUUUGUCUGUUACCCGUUGGGGUCAAACGUGGGCGUCGGGAGCGCAGCUACGGCAAACCUGACGUCAGGCGUCAACCUCACGGCCCUGAAUCUAAGCUCCGUCGUCUUGAGCCGUGUCGUCAACACGUCAGCAACCGUCAGCCCACUCUCGGUGACCGAAGGGGAGGUCUCGAGCAACCCGUCUCGAUCUUCAAGGGGGGCUUCAAGUCCCAUAUUGCGGCCGCCAGUCUGGGUUCUUGGCCUCUUUAUUUUAUGUGCUAUUUCUUUCUGACGCGGGUUCAAGCAGCGGAGGGGCCCUGAACCCUAAAACCCAAGAAUCUUACCCCUAAAGCCGGAAAACCCUCUGACACGUCCACACCGCAAGCCAGGACCAUGCGUGGUCCUCACUGACCGUUAGCGUCCGCAAGCAUAAGCAUACGCAUAGCCUGACGUCCGCAAGUAGUCUCCGGGCGGCAAAAUGUACAUAAGAGCAUCCGCACCCGGGGGCUAUAAAGGAGGGUACGUAGAAUUUGUGGAGCGGAAAAGCUGCUGCGGCGGCGCUGUAGCUCAGCUGGCGCAGAUGAACUCCAACUUCCGAGUAAUUCAAUUCCGUCGAUUUUGUCGUGCUUUGCUGUACAAUGAGUUGAUUGACAGUGAUGUAGUUUAUACGCACAGCAACAGGAUGUAGGUUCUGCCGGCUGAAGCAGCCGGGCAGUCCGGUAGAGUUCCGGUCGAGUUUCCCUAACAACUCUAAGCGCUCAGUGAGACCUGGCGCUCUCGAUUUGGCUCAGAUGAACGGACGGACCGUCACUAACCACAUACUGAGGUUAUAAUAACGCGUUUGUGACCGUGUCCCACUGGCCACAUGUGACUUCAACCAAA